AUGGAAAAUCGCACAUGCAGUUCUGGUUCAGGAAAAAUUAUGCCGCCAGAACAAAACCGUAACAAUGCUAAUGUAAAUAAUGAACGUGAUAUCACAAACUUGCACGAUCAAGAAGAGUAUAUAGAUUAUAAUAUUUAUGAUUAUGCAAGGGGAAAUAAUAUAAUGGAUCAAAGCGGGUAUGCAAUCAAUUCUACGCAAAACAAGCAUGGAGAGGUAAUUAACCCCGCGAUAAAUUUGUAUAAAAGCGAAAAUAACAUAUAUGAGAAUAAUCAUUUAAAUGUAAAAUCUAAUAAUUCUUUUAAUGUGGUACCAAUACCACCAAGAGAUGCAGAACAUUAUGACUAUGUAAAUGUGCCUAUAAGCUAUAACCAAUAUAGUUGUUAUAAUCCUUUAGAGAUGAAAAACAAUUAUUUUGCAAGUAAUGAUAAUAAUAAAGAUGACAUAAUUAAUAAUGAUAUGGGAAGAAUCCAUGCCAUCCCUAAUUUAAGUACCAAAUUAAAUAACUCAUUUAAUAUGAGUUUAUGUAAUAAAAACCAUUCAAAUGAAAAAAUUAUGAACAGUCAAAUUAAUAAUUAUAAUGAACAAAAUAAUUAUAAUAAUGAUUUAUAUGACUACGUACAUAGUGACCUGAAUAAGGUAAAUUAUGACUACGCUGUGCACAAUUAUAACGCUGAUAUAAGUAAUAACAUUAAUAGUGUUAACCAUAAUAGUGGUAUAAACAGUAUUAACAGCAUGGACCAUAUCAGCGGCAUGGACCAUAUCAGCGGCAUGGAUCAUAUCAGCGGCAUGGACCAUAUUAGCGGCAUGGACCAUAUCAGCGACAUAAAUAAUGUGUACAGGAUGAACCAUAUUAGCAGCAUGAAUAACAUGCACAGAGUUCCCUACGAUCCGCAGAUACACACGAACACUUUGAACAGCGAAAGAUAUCACUCCUUCCCUGUGAAUACCUUUCACUUAUUACUCAAUAAAGGAGGAGGGUCCGAAAUUAAUGAUAGUGAAAAGAAAUUUUCAAAACUUAAAAAUAUUAACAUGAGUAAAAAAAAUUACCAUCAACAUCAAUUUAACCAUCCACAUCCACAUUCAUACUCUCACCCGCAUGCUCAUCAUAACUUAGAUCAGUUACAGGCAAUUGUGUGUUUACAAAAGCUAGAAGAGAUUCCAGCUCCUUUUUUAAAUAUAAGUGAAAUUAAAUAUUCUGUUAGUGUAUACUUUAAUACGUACGAUGAUAUAUUACAAAAGUAUCAAUCCAAAUUUUAUAAUUGUAAAUUAAGUGAGUCAAAUAAUUAUGCUGAUUGUGAUUUGCAAAAUGAAAUAAUAAAUUUGCCUUUCAAUAAUGAAGAAUUUAUUUAUUUAAAAGUAAUAGAAUCAUCUGUAUAUAAAACAGAAAUAACUGGAAGGUUGCAGUUAAAAGUUAAGUCCCUAUCUCAAGAAUAUCCUCUACGAAUACCUAUAAUAGGAGAUGAUGGAAACUCAAAAGGAUUUUUAAUUAUGAAUUUUUUUGUUACUUCGUCAUACUAUGAUGUAAAAAAUGAUAUACUAACAGACAACUCAACUUUACCAAGUAGAACAAAGUUCACUAGAAUAAGAAGGAAAAACAAUGGCUUUCAUUUUUUUGAAAAUUUUACUAAGUGGUGUUGUGAAAUAUCGGACCAUCAUAUAAAUUAA